UGGGCGGCUCUUUGUCGAAGCUAGAGGACCGGCAGGCGGCAGCAGCUACUACGGCGGCGACGGCAGUGUCCUAUUCACCUGGUCCACAGCUGUGUGCCUGCGGCACUGCACCGAAGAAGACUUGUUGCGGGGCAGUUGCUCGGACUUUUCGAAAACUCUAGCUUGUUGGAAAGAGUCACAAUCACCGUCCCCAAGUACUAACUGCCAUCCUACUGCACUGUGUCUCUCUUCCCCCCCACCCCCCACCCCGUUCAGAACUCAGCAGUGAUGUGGAGGUGGAGACCCACAGGAGCCCGGGACUUCACCUGAGCUACCUCAGCAGUCACCAAGAGUGGCAAGAAAAGGAAGAAGGCCCUGAGUCGGAGGGGACCAGGAUGCCUGACCGGGACGGCUAUGCUAAUGGUACUGGGAGCAGUGGCGGAGGACCUGGAGGUGGUGGCAGUGAGGAGGCCAGUGGCGCAGGGGCAGGCAGUAGUACAGCCAGCUCAGAUGCCAUCUGUAGAGACUUCCUAAGGAAUGUGUGCAAGCGAGGCAAGCGCUGUCGAUAUCGCCACCCCGACAUGAGUGAAGUGUCCAAUUUAGGGGUGAGCAAAAAUGAAUUCAUCUUCUGCCAUGAUUUUCAGAACAAGGAGUGUAGCCGCCCAAACUGCCGUUUCAUCCAUGGCUCCAAGGAGGAUGAAGAUGGCUAUAAGAAGACGGGAGAGCUUCCUCCUCGGUUGAGGCAGAAAGUGGCAGCUGGCCUGGGCCUUUCACCAGCUGACCUACCAAAUGGCAAGGAAGAGGUCCCUAUCUGCCGAGACUUCCUCAAGGGUGACUGUCAGAGAGGAGCCAAGUGCAAGUUUCGUCACUUGCAGCGGGAUUUUGAGUUUGAUGCUCGGGGUGGAGGAGGCACUGGUGGUGGGGGCUCAACAGGCUCCAUCCCUCCAGGACGUCGUCAUGAUCUCUAUGAUAUCUAUGACCUUCCUGACAGGGGCUUUGAAGACCACGAGCCAGGCCCCAAGCGUCGGCGAGGUGGAUGCUGCCCUCCUGAUGGCCCUCAUUUUGAAUCCUAUGAGUAUAGCUUGGCUCCGCCCCGAGGGGUAGAGUGCAGACUGCUAGAGGAGGAAAAUGCAAUGCUCAGGAAGCGCGUGGAGGAGCUAAAGAAGCAGGUCAGCAACUUGUUAGCCACCAAUGAGGUACUUCUGGAACAGAAUGCCCAAUUCCGCAAUCAGGCCAAGGUCAUGACCCUUAGCUCCACUGCACCAGCAACUGAGCAAACUCUGGCACCCACUGUGGGUACUGUUGCCACUUUUAACCAUGGCAUUGCCCAGACUCACACUACUCUCAGCAGCCAGGCUCUACAGCCCCGUCCUGUGUCCCAGCAAGAACUGGUGGCCCCUACAGGAGCUCCAGCUGCUCCCCCAACUAAUGCUGCACCUCCUGCUGCUCCACCACCCCCACCUCCACACUUGAACCCAGAGAUCACGCCAUUGUCAGCUGCUCUGGCACAAACAAUCGCCCAGGGAAUGGCACCUCCACCUGUCUCCAUGGCUCCUGUGGCUGUAUCUGUGGCUCCUGUGGCUCCUGUGGCUGUAUCGAUGGCCCAACCCUUGGCAGGAAUCACAAUGAGCCACACCACCACUCCUAUGGUGACUUACCCCAUUGCUUCCCAGAGCAUGCGCAUCACAGCCAUGCCACACUGAUGGGGCUAAUGGACACUCCCCUGGUAUAGCCUCUCAGGGCUGGGAUUGAGGGGCCCCUACCCACUUUCUUAGCCCUCCUAGGCCCAGUCCAGAGGGUUCACUCAAGAACUAGGAUGAGAGACUAUAAGGAAUAUGCUUCCAGAGAUGGGGUUGGGCUGGUAUGUUCUCUCACCUCCCUUUUAAGAAGUCCUCAUGUCCUUCCUUCUGGCCUAACUGAGGUGGGAGCUUGCAUAGGAGUGCAGACUGAAGCCAUCAGAGAGGAAGGACUGACUGAGGGACUGUGUCUUAUGGGAAGUUGGGGACAUCCCUGGUCUUGUCCUCUCUUGUGAACAGCACAAAUUCUAGCACUAGUUUUGGAAGAAAAAAUUUCCCACCCGGAAGGAGAGCCAGGAAAGACUGAGAAGUAGGUGGCCAGGAGAGAAGGCCUCAGAAGAGUCUUCAGACCAUUUGGGGCCCAGUUGGCUUGGAUAAUACAGGAACUGCUCUGGGGCCUCUGGGAAGGCCGGGACCAUAGUACUCCAGCCCAAAGACUAGAGGAGCAUUCAUUUACCUAGCUUGGCCUGGAAAUCUGUAGGGCAGGGCCCACUACUUUCCAAAGAAAUAAAAGAAUUAUUUUUAACAAAUGGAGACAGUGGACACUUGUAUGGAAGGUGGGAGCAUAAAGUAGAUCUCAUGCCAAAAUGGAGUAAAACCUCAUACACAAGCUUGGGUAAGUUUGAUGGAGGGUAGCAAAGAAGGGUAGGACCCAGAAGAAGACCAGUUGGAAAGCUGGGCAUGGUGGUGCACUCCUGAAAUCCCAGCGCUUGGGAGGCUGAGGCAGGAGGAUUGCUGAGAGUUUGAAGCCAGCCCAGGCUACACAGUGAGUUCAAGGCCAGUGAGACCCCGUCUCAAAAAAAAAAAGACCAGACGGGGAUUUAAGGAAGGUACUUUGUGGGAUAAAAGCAUUGCAGCCGCCUAGUCUAGUUUAAAAAUAGUCCCAUCUGUUUCUGGCCUGUCUGUAUCUGCUAUUCCCAGGUUGCCUGAGUAACCAGGGCUCCUAGGUUCAUUUAGGGGGGCAGGCACUAAGGAGGAUGUAUGUGCUGAAAAAUGGAGUUGGGAUGUUGUGUGGUUGACAGAUCCUACUUGUAUGCAAACACAGCAGGGCAGGUGGCAGUUGCUCCUCUGAGUUGUCGAUGGCAGUUAAUGCUUCUCCUACUCUAGCCCUUCUUUGGUAGACAUUGCUGUAAACUUUGAAGCCUUGGGAGGUGCUGGGAAGAGGGAGAUCUGGGGACACAAGCCUCAGUGUUUAUCUCUUUCUUCUCCCUGUCUCCAUUUUGGACUAGGGGUUUUGAGUCCAUGUAAGGGUCAUUAAGGCCAGGGGCGUUAGUAGCAAACUUCAGUUUCUCAGCUCAUGGCUGAUGAAAGAGAAACAACCCAGGUGUGUAGUCUAUUGAGACAGUGGUUUUGGGGUUAAAGAAAGUGAUCCUGA